AUUCACGAGCUCUGGGUGAACGGGGCAAAGUUUGAGGCUCCGUGUUAGCCAAUCAGCGCAGGCGUUGAUGCCGAUUGGCUCUGCUCGUCCAAUCACAGCUGAAAAGCUCUCAGCUGCUGGAAAUUUAAUUGUUGUAUUAUUAAAUGUACAGUAUUAUAUGCAACAACGCUCGUCGCAUGAAGAAUAAUACAGCUCCAGUUUUGUGACCACAAGAGAUGCGAUGAUGCAUUGCUUUGACUUUGUCCAGAGUCACAUUCAUAGUCUGAAAAGUCACCUUCCCCUCCAUUGCCUUCCUAAAAGCAAUACGAACGAUGCAGAGAGGGAGAGCGAAGACACUCGAAUGCCAGAACCUGGUACACCACCACAAUUCCUUACAGCCAAAAACAAGCACACCUAUAGUCGCCUAAACAAAACUACAGCAUGGUUGAAUGGCAAAAAGAGGGACCCUAAAAACAAUGGCACAGAAAGAUUUUUCAUAACUGCUAUUGAGGAGCCAGAACCCAAGGAUACUGUGUGUGAUGGACACAAUAAUUCAUCCGAAGUUCAGACUGCAGAAGACAAAGAGACGUGGCCUGGGGAGGACAGAGAACCAUCACAAGGUUCUCUAGACUCCAAUUCUACAUCCACCUCUUUCAAUACAGGGAGCUCGGUGGAUAAUGAAUCUUCCUGUAGUGUUUGUGAAGACCAAACAGGAAAUGAGGGUGGAAGUCCAGGAAGAAACAUUUUAGAUACACCUCCAUCAGGGAUUCUUCUAAGAGACCCCAUGCUUGGAGCUUUUCCGACUGCAUGGAAGAAGCGGUUGCUGAUUCGCACAAUGCUACCAGAAACACCAACACACCCUCGGCACCCAUCUGUGAGGACAGCAGACAACCUGAUCCUCAGCCCGUCACUGCUCUCAUCACCAUCUCAGGGCCUGAACCAUUUUCUACUUCCUGAAGGACAAGAGACACUACAGGCAUUAUUCGAGGAUGUGUGGGUCACACCAGAAUCUACCGACUUAAAAAGUCCCAGGAUGCUAUGCAGAACUGCAGAAAAAAUAAAGACACCCUUUACUCCUGUGAAAAGUGCUGGCAGUGGCUGUCUGUCCUCACAAACUGAGGAAGGGGAUAAAGUUUCAGAGGAUGAAAUCUCAACCCCAGAACAUUUUGUACCUUUGAAAAAAGAAAGAAAAGCAUCUAAGCAAAGACGCACUGCGGGAAAAAGACGUAUUCAAACAGAAGAUCCGAGCUCCAAGAAGAAAUGUGUGAAUGGAUUUAUUAUGUUCUGCCGAAUGAACAGAAAAGUGUAUAUCAGGUCCCACCCUGGUACAGCAUCCACCACAGUCACCAAAGAGUUAGCCCAUCUAUGGCACGUCAUGCCCAAGCAGGAGAGACGUUUAUACUGCCUGAAAGCCUGGAAGUUCAGUUGUCAAAACAACCGCAAUGUGCGUACUGUAACACAAGAUGAAGGAAUAGAGGCAGAUGAACCCAGUCCACUCCACAGGUUACUGGCUCAAAAAGACACCUAUUGUGCUAUCAAACGACGAUCCUUACACUUCAUUUAGC